UAUCUAACGUUCUUGAUAUAUAUACAUAUAUACAUAUAUAGAUAAAUAUAUAUACCGUGUAACGAUUUCAUCAAUUAUCACGAUAAUGUCUUCUGCCGAUACAGAGGUGCAACAAAGCGGUGCGUCCGUUCCAAUCGGUGCGAAAACUGCGAAGAAAUCCGAGAAAAAGACUGCGACCGCGAAACAGGCCAAACCCAACCAUCCUCCGACUUCAGAGAUGGUUAAUAACGCCAUCAAAGAUUUGAAAGAAAGAAGUGGAUCGUCAUUGCAGGCCAUCAAGAAAUUUAUAGCUUCCAACUAUAAAGUAGAUUCGGAAAAGUUGGCUCCUUUCAUUAAGAAAUACCUCAAAUCAGCUGUGCAAUCUGGAUCUUUAGUUCAGACAAAAGGAAAAGGCGCAUCUGGUUCGUUCAAAUUGGCAGCUGGUGGUUCGACAUCGGGAUCCCAGAAGAAAGUGAUUAAAAAAGCCACCUCCAAGUCCAAAGAUGAUCUUAAAAAAUCCACUUCGGCAUCAGCUGUGGUGACCGACAAGAAGAAAAAGAAGUCUACUGUUGCCAAAAAACAAGCCGCUGUAACGAAAACGAAGAAAGCAGUUGCAACAACCGAGAAGAAGAGCCCCAAAGCCGCCAAAUCCCCUUCUAAAGCUAAAUUUCUAGAUGCUUUAACUGUUCCAAAACUUAGAAAGUUUGCGACAUACUUCCAAAAUAUCUUCUCCCUCAUCGGAGUUGAAUGUGGAUAUUUUUAA